ACAAUUACACAGCUUGUCCUUCAUUUAUAAAUUGAGUUGCGUACAGUUCGGACUAAGAAUGCGAUUAAUCGAGUUUGUAUUUUGUUUCGUGUUUGCGUCAACCUUAUCAACAGAAGUGUUGCUAUCAGAACGUUGUGGUAUACGUGUACACAGUGAUCAACAAAGUGUCGACAAUGGACACGCAACGGCUACGAUGGGUGAUGAAGAGCACUGGCCGUGGGUUGCAGCUAUUUACCGAACAGACAGCGAUGGCUUAACGUUCAAGUGUGCUGGCACUUUAAUCAAUUCGAGUCUGGUUUUAACAUCGGCUCGGUGCAUGUUCGACACUGACGCACAGAUCGCUCCACGUACAAUUGAAGUGCAUUUAGGGCAAAUGAAUUUGGGGAUGACUGAAUUGGAUAAAAGUCAAAAAUUUGCGGUUGACGAAAUUAUCGUUCAUCCUGGCUUCGCUGCAUCAAACUAUGCGAAUAAUCUGGCGAUUGUUCGUCUGUCAGCCGAGGCAAAUUUAACCAAUUUUGUGCAGCCGGUUUGUCUGCGGAAUUCUACAGAAACAGCUAAGAUAAAGGCAGAGCUGGGAACUGUAGUCGGUUGGGGUAUUAUCCAAGUAACUACCGACACUAUUCCAGACACUGUACAAGACGCUGCGAUGACAAUUGUUGCAAAUGCAAAUUGUUUAAACGGCGGAUCAGGCCUACCAGACGGAACCUUUUGCGCGGUUAAUCGAUUCGGCAUGAGAUCGGAUAGUGCUAGCAGCGGCGCGUCGAUGAUAUUCAAAGAUAACGAUGUUUACAGACUGCUGGGAAUUAUGUCAGAAAAUGUUCGGACAGAGGGUCAUACCAAUGAAUACGCCAUACUUACUGACGUUGUGAAAUUUAUCUCUUGGAUACAAGAAACGGAGUCUGCUGGUAACGGUCCCACGACACCGGAACCACAACAUCCAGUUUGCAGACCCAACGAAGAGUUCGUGUACGAUCCGUAUCGAUGCGAUGAAACGUGCGAAGAAUACGGCAAUCCGAUCUGUGUCGAAUACACACCGGAAGCCAAGUGCUUUUGUAAAAAAGGUUUCAUUCGACUAAAAACCGUCGGCAUAUGCGUGACUGCAGACAAUCGAGCGUGUCGUGCAAAAAUGCCACCAACCGAAGAAAUCUGCGCCCGUAAACAGAAUGAACGGCUAAGUGAAUGGUUGUAUGAUGAGCCUUGUGCAAACACAUGCGAAAAUUACAACGUUCCCUGUAAUGUCUCCGUUCCCGAUGGUAUGUUCUGGGGGCCGCAUUGUAUCUGUGAGGAAGGCUUUUCCAGAUUGCCGAACCGAAAAUGCGUGGCUGUCGACGAUCCGAAAUGUAAAGAGUUUUGGAAUCCUACUCCAUCCACUACAACACCUUCUCCACCUACAUCAACUACUGUUCCGACACUGACUCCAUGCAAAGAUUUCUGUGGGAAUUCAAUUGGAUCGAGACCUGUCUGCUCGCAAUUCGAUCUAGGAAUGCAAUAUUCAUCCGCGGGUACGAUUAAUGGGAAAUUUUGCACCCAAAUGCUUGAGGUUGCUGAUCCUCAUACGUGGCACGACAACUACAUUUGUUUCAACAAGGAAUACGGUGUACGCUGGUCAUCAGCUGGCCAAAUCGCAGGAAUGACAUGUACCCAAAUAGUGGAAGUGGCUGAUCCACAUACAUGGCAUGACAAUUUCCUUUGCGUUCCAUACGGAUCACCAUUUCGAUUCCAAUGGUCGUCACAUCAUUCCAUCUCCGGUUUAUGUUGUGUACAAAUACACGAGUCUGUUGAACCCUUAGGGCAUACAUGGGACGACAACUAUCUUUGCGUAAGUGAAUAAAUUCUAACAAAUGAAUAAAUCAACCACUGACCACGCCAUGGAUGGUGUCUGUAAUGUAGACUCUGUAUCAAAUGAUAGAAAUAAAAUAUCCCGUGAACUGA